UUUGAUUCGGCGUUUUAUUCAGUCGCUAUGAUCUCCUAGAAGGUCAACAUAUUUUAAGGUUCUUGGAUUUAUUUGUUACAGCUUUUUUUCAAUCUACUUAAGAAAUGGUCGAUUGAAAUUUAUAUGAGGCAGUCAGCCGGACCUUUUUUUACCAAUAAAAUACUUUGGAUGAGAUUUUGGGGAUUCCCCGAACUUAGGGAGCCUGAGCAUUUGCUGCUCUUCAGGCACUUUUUACGACGUGAAACAACGCGACUGCAUUCCUGUCUCGAACAGCAGCGCCAUCGAACGUAACGCUGUUUCUUUGUACUACCAAAUAAUGGAGGGAAAAUCAGCCUCCAAUUUCGUCAGCGUUGUCAGAGGACCCCCUAAAUGCGAAUACGCCAUUCUCGACUAUCCCGUCAAUAUCACCAACGACUUAAGAGUCCUCAAAAAAGUUCAAACUCUCGAGAUUAUGGUGGCAACGAGAGAUGGCAAUAGUUCGGUAACGAUAGUGACAAACGAAAACAGCAGUUGCUUCGAUUCCGGAAUCGAAUUUCCGCUCGUUAGAGUCUGUAGUGACUCCAAAUACUGCGAUAUUAAUCCUUGCAUUAGAAAAUGUUGUCCAGAAGGUGAAAUCAUAAUUGACGCCGAAUGUAAAAAAACGAUUUCUGAUAAAGUUCCGCUGGGAAGCUUCCAUAGACUCUUGAUGAAUGAAUCCAUCACCAGAGGAUUAUCUUCUUCCUCGGAGUUCAUGCAUUCUCCUGAUUACGGUCUUCUGAUCGGAAAUCCCUGCAAAUAUGGACAGUUUCUCGUUGACCGUUCCGAAGAGUGGUUCAUCACGCCUAGAGGUCAAUUCAGCCUCAAAUUCUAUCGAACAUACGCUACUAAUGAAUACUGCUUGGAAAUCACUUCGCCUGCAGGAAAAAAGGGAUCAUACAAACUGCAACCUUUCAUUUGCAUCGAAGAAUCGAUAUUCGCGAUCAAAGAGUCUCCUCUGCGGUAUCAAAUUUUUGCGAGCUUUCAACUAUCCAGUUGUUUCUUCCUGAUAUUGACACUGCUCGUGUACAUCUGCCUACCGUCACUGCAAAAUCUUCAUGGAAAAACACUGAUGAGUCACGUGUUCAGUUUGAUCGUGGCUUACGCAACUCUGGCGACAGUGGCUCUAGCCACGCCUGCGGACAUUGGCAAUCACGAUAACGAUGACGGAGAUCAGCUGCAGUCGUCAAAAGUUUUUUGUAAAUUUCUCGGUUUUACGCUUUUGUUUUCUUGGAUCUCCGCCUUCUCGUGGCUCAACGUUAUGUGCUUCGACAUCUGGUGGACCUUUGGCGGAUUCGGUGACGGAGAUAUUUCUAAUUCUCGUCGCAGCCGCACUCACAGGAAACGUUUUCUAAUGUACUCGUUGUACGCCUGGGGUUUGGCGAUCCUCAUUACGGUUUGUGGCAUCGUGGCUGAUGAGACCAACUUUUUUCCGGAUAACCUUCGUCCUCACGUGGGAACUGACAGCUGCACGUUCGAAAGAAACGUGCGUUAUUAUGGCGAGGUUCUCUUCUUCGUCGGACCAGUCAUGAUUCAGCUGUUGGUCAACUGUGUCUUUUUUAUCCUGACUGCGAUGUACUGCAGCAAAGUAAAAGCUGAAAUAGCAAGAGUGAUGACCACACGGAAUGAUCCCCGAAACAAAAGAUUCCGAGCUGACAAAACGAGGUUCCUAAUGAAUGUGAAACUGUUCAUCGUGAUGGGAGUUUCCUGGUGCCCGGAAAUGAUCUCAGCCAUCUUGAACCACUAUGCAGCGACUCUGGCUUGGCAAACGGAAUUUUUCUACCCUUUCGAUGUCUUGAACUCCCUCCAAGGCGUCGUGAUCUUCAUCCUGUUUAUUUUUAAGAGGAAAGUCUACCGAGCUUUGAAAGAGCGGUUUUACAUUGGACGUAAAAGCAAUAACGUUAACCCAACUUCACUAUCGACGAGUCAAACGGAUCGGAAUUCCAGCAUCCCUUCAUAGUGAGGAACAGAGCGAAGAGCAGUACUAUUUCAACUUAUAGGGGCGACAGUUCGGUUUCCACUACUCUCUCAUAAAUCUCUUUUCAACAGAGGAAUAUAGCAAAAUCCUGGGAUACGAUGCUUUUUUUGCCUUCUUAAGGGUCAAUCCUCAUUGUUGGUCCAGUGGAAUUUCCUCACGUCUUUACUUCCGUGGUCAAUUCAGAUCGACCCACUCUUGAUCCAGCCACAUUUCUGCAUGUAUU